AGCGAAGCGCGUUUCUGCCGUUAUCCACACACUGAGACAGGCGGUUCAAUCACAGCACUGAAACACCAGCAAAGUGAAUAUGGGUGAAGAGAUCAGGACCGAGAUCGUCGGGACUGCUCCGUGUUUAACUGUUAACGGGAAUGCUUCGGCUUCCUGCAGACAUUUUCUCUGAAUCCUCUAGGCCCUUGGCUGUGGGGUCGUGAGCAGCUACCAUGACGUACAGCAACUUCAGCUUGCUGACAGCCAACUUCAGUGGGGCUCUGGACGGCUACGACUCCGGCGGAAACCUUUACCGUCCAUUUUCCGUUUUCAGCGUGCUCACUCUCACUUUAUUGGCAAUGCUUGUGGCAGCCACCUUCGUGUGGAACCUCCUGGUGCUGGUGACCAUCCUUAGGGUGAGAACAUUCCAUCGGGUGCCCCACAACUUGGUGGCCUCCAUGGCCAUCUCAGAUGUGAUGGUAGCUGCGCUGGUUAUGCCGCUUAGCCUGGUUCACGAGCUGAACGGCAGACUGUGGAAACUUGGACGCGUGCUCUGUCAGGUGUGGAUCUCGUUUGACGUGCUCUGUUGCACGGCUAGCAUCUGGAAUGUGACAGCCAUUGCACUGGACCGCUACUGGUCCAUCACCAGGCACCUGGAGUACACACUCAAGACUCGAAAAAAAAUCUCCAACGUGAUGAUUGCGCUGACAUGGCUACUAUCUUCCAUAAUCUCCUUGUCGCCGCUCUUUGGCUGGGGAGAGACCUACUCAGAAGGGAUGAAGUGCCAAGUGAGCCAGGAGCCAUCCUACACCAUCUUCUCCACCUUUGGGGCAUUUUAUCUCCCACUUUGUGUGGUUUUGUUUGUCUAUUGGAAGAUCUACAAAGCUGCUAAAUUUCGCAUCGGCUCCCGCAAGACAAACACAAUCACCCCUAUGGCUGAGGUUUCAUCAAUCAGGCAAUCAAUCUACAAGCAACAGGUAAAGGAGGAAGCCCAACAGCCACAGAUGGUGUUCACCGUGCGCCACGCAACCGUGACCUUCCAGACAGACGGGGACACAUGGCGGGAGCAGAAGGAGAAAAAAGCAGCCCUUAUGGUUGGCAUUUUGAUCGGCGUUUUUGUGCUUUGCUGGAUCCCGUUCUUCAUCACCGAGCUCAUCGUGCCGCUGUGCUCCUGUGACAUCCCGCCGAUUUGGAAGAGUAUCUUUUUGUGGCUGGGAUACUCAAAUUCCUUUUUUAACCCCCUUAUAUACACCGCCUUUAAUAAGAACUACAACAAUGCCCUAAGGAACCUCUUCUCCCGACAGCGCUAAAUCUUUGUGCCACUCGCAGUGUUACCCCACCCAACCAGACUGAUCCGUCUGUCACUUUAUCAUCUCAUCAAAUAGGUGAUAACCAGAAAUUGUCUAAAAAAAAAAAAAAAAAACUUCAGUGUUCAUCAGUUUUGUCAUUGUCAAUGUGUUUUGUUUGAGACUGAGACAAGCAUCUGCCUGCAUUUUAAAGUGGUGAAAUGAUUUGGGAUCUUAUUGAAACAGUGUUCUGAAAAGGAAUUUACUCCUUUAGUCAUCAGCUCUCUUUUUAUUUACAAAAGCUAGAAAAUUAGUCUGGCCCCACUCACCUUGUUAAAUCAUAAAUUAACUCUGAUCAAUCGGAGCUGAAUCAUGUCCAGGCCUGGAUUCUGCCAGACCUGUGGAACCAAGAUAUCACUAGAGUAGAACCUGACAACAUGAAGUAGAUUAGAAUAUCUCAAAAGUAACUAAAGAAAUUCCACAGCGGAUGAAAAAGCUGUAUUUUUUUUUUCCUAUCAAGGGGAAAAUGUGUUUUCCUUUUCACAGAUAGCAUCAGCCCAAUACAGCCUCCAGUACUUUGUGAUGCGAACCUCUUGGCCAACUCAAUGAAUAUUGUGCCAGAUUUUUGCAGCCUUGAGUGAGAUUGUAGUUGCAGGAACAAGAUGAACAACAUUGUCUUCUGCCACACAGAUGGGGUUGUUUAGAUUACUGACCAUAUUGGAGUUUCUAACCACAGUGAAGUUCAUGACUGGGAUGGACUCUACCUAGCUUGGCCAUUGCCUUCCUGUGCAACUACGGUUAAAAAAAAAAAUAAAAAAAUGUCGCUUACACCAGUCUAGGUUUUCUCCCUGUGGCACAGAUUGUCUCCAGUUAAUUUUUGACCAGGCCAAUCAUCAAACAGAAGGAGAAGUUGUGAAUGGUGAUGUCAUUAAGAUACAGCAUUAUGGCUGUAUCUUAAUACAGCCAUAAUGCUGUAUCUGUUUGUUCCCCCCCGCUUUUUGUGAAGAAAGUAAAACAACAACAAAAAAGUUAGAGUGAGUAUAAAUUUUUAUACUUGUGUUUAUUGUUCAAGUGUUGUUUUUAUCUGGUUCAUGCUAAUGAAAAAUAAAAGCAUGGUAAUUCAUUUAAGCUGUUUCAUCAUCAUGUCUGCAUAGAAGCAGAGAAGGGAGUAUGCCUCAAGAAAAAAAACAUCUGUCAGAAGUAAACAAAAUUAGUCUCAUAAAUAAUAAACCAAGCAACAACUGUGUUUUGUGCAGAAAUAGAUACAGCACUUAUCAUUAUAGAUAACAUUCAAAUUAAUUAAAAA